CAGCAAGUCCGACUAAUUGAUUUCAUUCUUUUUCUUUCUUCUUUCCCCUAAAUUGCAUUUUCUCAAAAAUGUCGCUCCUCCAAUCUUCCGUCUAUCCUCCGUCAACACUUCGUUCUUCGCCGUCACUGUCAUGCACAGCGGCACACCCCAUCGCCUCCUCCCAUAGAGUUCCUUCCACUUCGAAUUCCUUCGUCGCGUUAGAAUCGUCAUCGUUAAAGACUGUUAACUCUAUUUCGAGCGCUAAGAACAAUAGAAGGAAAGGCGUUGUCGGAAAGGUGAGGUCGAGCCUGGAGACGGCGGGAGCAACGGUGGGGCAGGUGACGGAGGUUACAAAGGACACCUUCUGGCCCAUCGUUAACGCCGCGGGGGAUAAAACCGUCGUCCUCGAUAUGUAUACUCAAUGGUGUGGUCCAUGCAAAGUUAUAGCUCCCAAGUUUCAAGAAUUAUCUGAGAAAUACCUUGACGUUGUCUUUCUAAAGCUCGAUUGCAAUCAAGAAAAUAAGCCAUUGGCGAAGGAGCUUGGCAUAAGGGUGGUUCCAACGUUCAAGAUUCUGAAGCACAACAAGAUAGUAAAGGAGGUGACAGGAGCAAAAUAUGAUGACUUAGUUGCGGCCAUCGAUACUGUUAGAGCCACCUAACUUUCUUUCCGUACCUGCAAAAUCUUAAUCCCAUCAAAUCAAAGACAACAGUACCUUCUUGCAUGCUUUGAAGUAAUUAUUGUACUUGAAUUUAUGUAUAUAUAUGGAUCCAUUCCCAAUCCCUCAAAUGGAGAGGGAACACCGGUUGUAUGUAACCUAUACCUGCUGCUUCUGCUAUAUACCUUCUAUUUCAGUUUACUGGGAGAGAUUUCAGUUUACUGGGAGAGGUGUAGAUGUGAAGCAAUUGUGAUUGUGAACCAAAAAAAUAUCAGCUUGGUUGCAUUCUA